GUUAAUUAUUCCUACUGCCCACUCCGCCUCGCCUCAUCCCCCCCCCCAUUUUCCAGAUUCUCCAAUAUGAGGCUUCUCAAUGACUGCACCUUCGAUUCGGAUCCCCUUUACCGGGCCCUUACCUCCUCCUAUCAUUGUUCCUUCAUCAGCUCGUACAGUUGCGGGUGCCAUUGAUGCCCUCCGAUCAUUUCUCACAGCUUCGCCCUCCCCCUACCUGCGUGGCGUGGAUGUCGGCAGACAUGCCCAGACUGUGCUUCUGACGGGCGCAGGCAUCUCGGUCGCAUCGGGCUUGUCCGACUAUCGAGGGGAGAAUGGCACGUAUAGAACAAAUAAAGCAUAUAGACCGGUCUACUAUCACGAAUUCGUCACCCGCCACGAGUCCCGCAAACGAUACUGGGCUCGCAGCUUCAUCGGGUGGCCGGGCCUUUUGAAGUCCAAGCCCAAUUCAACGCAUCUGUCCAUCCGGGACAUCGGUGCCAAGGGCUAUAUCAGUUCAGUGAUUACCCAGAACGUGGACUCCUUCCAUUCCAUCGCCCAUCCCGAGCUGCCUAUCCUGGAGCUGCAUGGCUACUUAAGAUCGGUGGUCUGCGUCAACUGCCGAAACCAGGUGCCUCGAGAUGAUUUCCAGAGAUCGCUCGAAAGACUCAACCCGGCUUGGGCCGAGUUUCUGGCAAAGAUGACUGAUCUUGGCGCCUUGGAUACCAACAACCGGGAGGAGCAGCGGCGGAGGGGGUUGAAAAUCAACCCCGAUGGGGACGUCGAUCUGCCGGAAGCGCCAUACUCGACGUUCCGAUACCCUUCCUGUCCGACCUGCUUGGAGAAGCCGCCGCGUUUGCAAGAUGGUGCAUUAGCACGGGUGGAAGUUGAAGCGGACGGGGCCUGGCUUCCCUCCUCCACUGCCGGGAUUCUGAAACCCGGCGUCAUCAUGUUUGGCGAGAACAUCGAUCCUGCCGUGAAGGAAGCGGCACAGGAAGCGAUUGACGACGCUGGAAGACUGCUGGUUUUGGGAAGCAGUCUCGCAACGUAUUCAGCCUGGCGCUUAGUGGAACGGGCUUAUAAACGAGGCAUGCCUAUCGGGAUCAUUAAUAUUGGAGGCGUCAGGAAUGAAGCGGUUCUCUUUGGAGGAGAUCACGAAGUCGUCUCGCGAUUCAUUCGUUUUAGUCUCCCUUCGGAGUCGGUUCUAGCACCGGUGGCUACUCAACUCCCUGUUCUAGUUCAUUAGGUUCCACCAGAAGUCGUGUGCAAAGGACGAUAGAAAAAUAGAGAGAGAGAGAGAGAGAGAGAGAGAGAGAUUGAUCGUGAGCAUUGAUGAUCGUCAGCAUGUACAAUACAGGACUUCAUAUUGGAAAGAAGAAUAGAG